CCGCGAUAAUAUUAAAAAUUCACAGAAUAACCCCACAAAUACGUCUCCUGGAUCGCAACGCGUGCCACUCUCGAUAAAUCGCAAACCAUCUAUCAAGAUGUCUCGAUUCUUCCGUGCCGCUGGCGACAGCUCGAGCGAGAGCAGCUCCUCCGACGAGGAAGAGCUCUACUCUGAAGAGGAAGAAGAAGAAAAGGCGGCAUCCGACGCUGAAGAUUCCGACGAGGAGGACGAAGACGAAGAGGACUCAUCCAGCGAAGACGAGGAUGGCAAUAAGAAGAGCGGUAUCAACAAGUUCUUGCGAGACGCAGACUCUGAAAGCGAGGAGAGCAGUGACGAGGAUAGAGGGAAGGUUGUGAAGAGUGCCAAGGACAAACGAUUAGAGGAAUUGGAGGGUACUGUCAAGGCCAUCGAAAAUGGAGAAAAGAUUAAUGAUUGGGGUGUUAUUUCGAAUGAGUAUGACAAACUCAAUCGACAGGUGGCCAAGCUGGUCCAGGCUGGCAACACGCCCAAAAUGUAUAUCAGAGUUGUGGCAGAGUUGGAGGAAUUCAUGAAUGAGACGAUCGCGAAGCAAAAGGUCUCGACGAAGAAGAUGAAUGCGACCAAUGCUCGUGGUCUCAAUGCUGUCAAACAACGCAUCAAGAAGAACAAUAAGGAUUACCAGAAGGACAUUGAUGCAUACAGAGCAGAUAAAGAUGCGUUUAUGGAGUCAGAGGAGGAGGAAGAGCCUGCUCCGAAGCCUAAGAAGGUCAAACCUGUUUCAGGAGUUCCUCAACUUGCUCUGGACGACGACGAUGAGGGAUUCUCGACUGUUGGCAAGGGCGGACGAACAUUGCAGUUCACACCAGAAAGCAUCCUGAAGCAUCUCAGAACCAUCAUGGAAUCCCGCGGUAAGAAGAACACCGACCGAACCGAGCAAAUCAAGAUCAUGGAGAAGCUCUACGAGGUUGCCCAAACACCAUACCAACGAGUCCGGGUGCUUUUGACUAUCAUCUCCACCAGAUUUGACCUGAGUACUGGUGUUCAGACAUUCAUGUCCCAGGACCAAUGGAAGGCAGCCGAGAAGGAAUUUGCAAAUCUUCUGGAGGUUCUCGAAUCAAACCGAGAUUUGGUGGUCGUUGAGAGCGCUGAGGAAUGGGAGGAUGAUGAUAAGCAGCCAACAAUCACUCCAGGCCAGAAAUUCAAGAUUCCAGGCAGCAUUGUCUCGUAUGUUGAAAGACUCGAUGAUGAACUUACUCGGUCCCUUCAACACAUCGACCCCCACACUGCCGAAUACAUCGACCGUCUGUCUGAUGAAGGAGCUUUAUACAACAAUAUCGUCCGAACUUUGCUCUUCACCGAAACUUUGAAGAAGGACGACAGUCUUCAAGUUCAGCAAGAUAGCCUCAACCGAAUCGUCAUGAGAAGACUGGAACAUGUUUACUUUAAGCCCGCUGCCGUCGUUAAGAUCCUCGAGGAGAACUGCUGGACUGCAAUCCCCAAGUCACUCGACUCCUCCAUUACCCCUCGCAACAAGACUACCGACGCCACAGAACUGGUUAACGUGCUUUGCACAUAUCUCUUCAUCAACAGUGAUGGUAUCAUCCGUGCCCGCGCUAUGCUUUGCCAGAUCUACUUCCUCGCGCUGCACGACAACUACUACAAGGCUCGUGAUAUGAUGCUCAUGUCUCAUUUACAAGAAACCAUUAACGCCUUCGAUGUCCACAGCCAAAUCCUUUUCAACAGAACUCUCGUUCAAGUUGGACUUUGCGCAUUCCGUGCCGGUCUUGUCUAUGAAGCUCAGACUACACUCCAAGAGAUUUGCGGAAGUGGUCGUCAAAAGGAACUCCUUGCCCAGGGUGUGAUGAUCCAACGAUAUAACCAGGUUUCACCAGAACAAGAGCGACUUGAGCGACAACGUCAACUGCCUUUCCACAUGCACAUCAACCUCGAGCUUCUCGAGUGUGUCUACCUCACAUGCAGUAUGCUGCUCGAGAUUCCCCUCCUUGCACAGACCGGCUCAUCGCCUGAUAUCAAGAAGCGAGUCAUCAGCAAGACCUACCGAAGAAUGCUCGAGUAUCAUGAACGCCAAAUCUUCACAGGUCCUCCAGAAAACACUCGAGAUCACGUCAUGCAAGCUUCGAAGGCAUUGGCAGCUGGCGAAUGGAAGAAGGCAACCGAGUUCAUCCACUCGAUCAAGAUCUGGGAACUGAUGGCAAAGCCCGAAUCUAUCAAGACCAUGCUCUCGGAACAAAUCCAAGAGGAAGGUCUUCGAACAUACCUCUUCACUUACGCUCCCUUCUAUGACACACUUUCUGUCACUACCCUUUCUUCGAUGUUCGAGCUUAGCAAACGUAAGGUUGCUGCUAUCGUCAGCAAGAUGAUCAGCCACGAGGAGCUUGCCGCUGCUCUCGACCAAGUCAACUCAUCCAUCAUCUUCAGAAAGGGUGUCGAGUUAAGCAGACUGCAGAGCUUGGCCCUGACUCUCAGCGACAAAGCAAGCGGUCUCAUCGAGAGCAACGAGCGAACACUGGAGACGAGAACACAAGGCACAGCCAACGCGUUUGAGCGACAAGGCGGCAGAGGUGGCCGUGGCGGCAACAGAGGCGGUCAACGUGGAGGUGGUCGUGGUGGUCGUGGUGGCUCUAGUGCGCCGAGACAGGCUGGUGGUACUCAGUUUACUGGUGGUGCUUUGGGUGCUGCGGUCCGAGCUUAGAAUGUCGGUUGUUGGUUUAUGCAUUGGGAAUGGUUAUAUUGGGCUUUGUAUGCUCUUUAGGCGUUCCUUAGAGCUUUCGAAAAGCCGCUCUCAUUGCGUUUGUGGAAUUUAACUUUACAUACAUUUCUUGCUACAUAGUGACUUUUGCGUUUUCUGCAAGUGAUCUGUUACUUGGGAAUCUUUCCGUUUCAAAUGCUUGAGUGGUAGUGUAUUUCUUAGUAAGUUAUACUUAAAUACUUAGUGUCAGAC